AUGGAAAGCUUGACAAGAACGGCAAAUGCCUCUCAAAGAUACUUCUUGCAGGAACUCGAUUCCUCCUAUAUGAGCGUGGUUCUCGUAACCUGCUUCCUCAUUUCAGGCCUCAUCGACAGCGUGGCGUUCAACACGUGGAACUGUUUUGUCAAUAUGCAGACUGGUACGCCUCUGAACCUCCUCACCUCAAGCAACACCGUCUUUGCCGCCCUUGGUCUGGGUGGUCAGCCGAAAGCGAGUCACAAGCAGCAAUAUUACAAGUCGCUGACAUCCAUCGGUGCCUUCUGUCUGGGUGCGUUGUUCUUCAGUACUCUGCAUCGCUAUCCCACCGGGCGAGUUUGCCAGCCACCACUCUCGUCUCGCCGACGACUCAACCUCAUCGUAUCCUUCUUUGUUCAGACAGUCUUCAUUGUCAUUGCCGCGAGCUUGGUGUCCACGAACGAGGUGUCAAACCAACCAUUCGUCGCCGGCACUUUUUCUUCGGGCAACGACGAGAUACCUGCGUCCAUGAUCAAUUUCCUCGACCUGUGCCCGAUAGCCCUAAUCUCCUUUCAGGCCGCAGGGCAAGUCACGCUCUCGAGACUGCUUUCCGUCGUCGAACUGCCGACAAUUGUCCUGAGUGCCUUGUACCACGACGUCUGUGCCGACCUGUACAACAUGCGAGAUUCGUGGAGGAAGAGCGCCAGUCUCUGGGAGUUCUUUGUCGUGAGCGAGAGGAAACAACAGAGACGGGCUGCCUGCAUUGUGGCGCUUUUCCUCGGAGGCAUCAUCGGCGGGGAAAUGUACAAGUCCUCGGCCGGAAUGGGGGGAGCACUGUGGCUUGCUGCAGGUUUGAAAUUCGGUAUCCUCGUCGGAUGGUUCUUCUGGAAGGGGCAAAAAGGAGACGAUGACUGCAGCGACCAACUACAGGGAUGA